CCGUGUUAAAAACAAAGGCAGAAUGCAGCCGUGUGAUUGGCCGGCGAGCUGAGAGGAGGUGCAGGUAAUUCAGACUGACAGAAUCAGAGUCGCUGGACAGAAUCCAUUCAGGAGCUCCACUGAAGAAUCACCUGUUUAUCCGACGUCUCUGUAGAACCAUGUCAGGACCGAGGCCCGUGGUGCUGAGUGGACCCUCCGGUGCCGGGAAGAGCACCCUGAUGAAGAGGCUGAUGAAGGAUCACGAAGGCGUCUUUGGCUUCAGCGUGUCCCAUACGACCAGAAACCCUCGACCAGGAGAGGAAGAUGGCAAAGGGCUGAACAAGCUCCCCAUGCUUCUGGGGGCUACGUUACUGCCCGUAGCAGAUGUGCUUUCCUCUGAAGACUUAGAAAUGUCGAGCUCAUUUUCGUGUCCAAACGAAUCCGAGCCCACAGACGAAGAUUACCACUUUACGACGAGGGAGGUCAUGCAGGAAGGCAUCGACAACGGAGAGUUCAUUGAGACCGCAGAGUUUUCUGGCAACUUCUACGGAACCAGUAAAGCCGCCAUAGAAGACGUUCGGGCCAAGAACCUGAUCUGCAUCCUGGAUGUGGACAUUCAAGGGGUGAGAAGGAUUAAAGAGACCGACCUGAACCCCAUCUACAUCUCCAUCCAGCCCCCAUCCAUGGAGAUCCUGGAAAAGCGUCUGAGGGACCGGCAGACGGAAACAGAGGAGAGUUUACAGAAGCGUCUGGAGGUGGCUCGGAUCGACAUGGAGCUCAGUAAGGAGCCCGGAGUGUUCGACGUCGUCAUCAUCAACGAUGACUUAGAGAGGGCGUACGAGGAGCUGAAAGAAAUCCUCAAUGAAGAAAUUCAGAAAGUUCAGGCCAAAUCAUAGAAAGAAAAGCCAGACUUUGUGCUGCUGGACAGAAGAACUGAAGUUUGUGAUUCUGAGAAACACCAGAAAUAAACCGACCUUCUGGAGAAAAGUUUGUUUUUCCUUCAACCUUCAGAGGUUUGCUCAGCACAGUUCUGGUGACAGAUAGGAAUGAAGGGUUGAAGUGUUUUUGUUCCUGAACAAGGGUUUGUGUUAGAUUUAGUGAAAUCAGUGGUGAUCUUUAAAUCUGCCAAAUCCAGCUGCUUCUGGUCUUUAGAGGCUCAGAUUUGGAGCUGGACGCAGGAUGAGCACAAAAUAAUCAGUAACUGUUGUGUUUGGUGUUUAGUUCAACUCUAUUUAAGCAGAAAUAAAUGUACUCAUAGUUAGGUGUGUUAGCAGAAACUACACUGAUUAUAUUUAGGAUUAAAUCUGUUUAAAAAUGGGCUGCAUAUGAUUCAGAGAUGAAGGAUUUCUGUGUAAAAUCACAUCAUAUAUUCAGUUUAAAACAUUUAUGUCACAUUUAUGCACGUUUGUAUACAAAUGAGACAGAAUAAGAGAAGAAAUUAACACUUCUUUGACAUUUAAUAAAUAUUUCUUUCACUCUUCACAA